AUGGUGAUCAGGAUUAUCGCACUUUUAUUCGGCUUCCUGGAUAUGUUCAAAGAGCUCUCUGUGUCUGAUGAAUUGGAUCAAGAUGAUGGAUUUGUAUUUCUGGAGCGGUCAAGCAAAGAGCUAUACAAUGAAUUGAAAAGGAAGCCAAAGACGGGAUUGCUGGCCCAUGUUCUCAAGACGAUCGUGGCUCAAUAUGCAGGUCGACCCGAUUUUACAGCAAUCGACGAGGAUUUGUUUUCGUAUACAACAUUCAAGCCUUUCUUUAACACCAUCGUUGGACGUAUACCUUAUUGUUCGCGGGAUGGACGAUUCACACAAUUGGGUAAAAGUUUGCAGCCGUGA